ACCUCCACCCAAAAAAAUCACAGAAAAUUUCACACGAUCCAGUUCUAAUAUUUACAUUGCUGUGUUUUGAUGAUAAAUUUAAAAUUUUUUAUCCCAAUGUCCUCCUGUGUGAAAAUUUACGCAGAUUCAAUGGAUGACAUUCGCCGUUGAAAAUAAUGAAAACAGUGUUUCCAAGUGAAUCAGUCAACUGCUAAGUUCGAUUCUAGGAACAAUGUUUACUCGAAGUGAAAACAUCCCAGUGUAUUCUAUUUUUACACAAGAUCGUCGGUUUUGAUUCUAUUUGUUUUGUUUUGAUUACAUUCGAGAAAUCAGAAUUCAAAUAUGUCUUACGACGCUAAAAGUGCUCCUGCUCCUCCUAAAGAGAACGAUCUGGAUCCUCGGAUUCAAAUUGAACUCGAAAAGCUGAACAAUGCAACUGACGAGAUAAAUCGUUUAGAAAUGGAAUUAGAUGAGGCGAACUCGACGUUCAGAAUAUUAAUGAGCGAAUCGAUGCGAAAAUUAAAACUACUCACACGUAAAUUGGGCAGCAGUUGUAUCGAGCGUGCCAGACCAUAUUACGACGCAUUGGAACUCUCUAAACAAGCUCAACAAGAAUGCCAACGAGCUGCUGUUAAAUUUCAAAGAGCCAAUGAAAUCCAUCAAGCUGCCAAGGAAACUGUGGCUCUGGCAGAAGCGAGAUUCUUGAGCAAACAACACGAAUGGGAAUUCGAUAGUGCUUGGCAAGAAAUGCUGAAUAAUGCUAUAAUGAGGGUCACCGAUGCUGAGCAUCAAAAAGCUGAAAGUGGUCGAGAACAUCAACGCAGAACAACUCUAUUUCACGCUGCCGAACAAAAAGUUCAACUUCUGGAGCAAAGGUGCCAUCGUCAUAUCGCAAAAUCGAGGCCAUACUUCGAAGAGAAAAUACGUUGCGAAACUCAACUCAGCGCUCAGAAAGAAAAAGUAUUAAAACUACGCGCAGCUAUUACGAAAUCCAAGAACGAGUACGCUUCGUCACUUCGACGUCUUGAAGACAUUUCCGAAGAAAUUCACCUGAAAAGAAAAGGCAGCUUGGAGCAAAAAUCGAGAAGUACGAGUCCUUGUGGACCCAGGGAACCUGGAGUAGGUGCUGAGUUGGACUCGACCGCAAAUACUGAAACGACCGAGAAUUAUCGUCAUCUUUUGCCAACUACUCCAGAACAUCCUAGUGGUACUCGAUCGCCUAGUUUGGAUUUAGACUGUGAUUUGGAUCGAUGUGAUAUUAGAAGCAUAGGUAGCGGUUCCGUUGCUACUUCUUCGGCUGUUAGUGACGAUGAAUUCGAACCCGAGGCAUCAGAGGAUUUAGAAGAACUGAAACAAAAAGUCCGCGAAUUAGCCACGCGUCCGGUUCUGAAACAAGACUACGAAGCUGACGGUAGCAAAAAAGCCUGGGAAUCCGAAUUAAACGUAGCUGUCCAAAAACUCGACCACGUAAUGCAUCUACAAGAAUGCGAAAAAGAAUUGCAAAAACAAACCGACGGCUGAGAAGCCAUCUCGUCUCGCACAUUAUUAGUCGACACUACCUACUUGGAAUCCGGUCAAAAACCGUCCGCAUUGUUACCAUGACUUUUUAUAGUUAUUGGCAGACUGACGUAUCGUGAAAUGGAAAAAUCUGCUCGUAAUGCAAUUUCUCUCAUAAGCAAUAUUAAAUUUUUAUAAUGCAUUUAAUCAUCCUUUUUCCACGAAUCUUCUGGGUCGGAAAUCUCACGUUGAAAAAGAAAAAGGGUGCCUUACUUUGUAAGUUUAGUUCUAUAUAGUUUAUUGCACUAUUUUCGUGUAAAUGCGUGUGUGUGCGUGUGAGUGGGUUGGAAAUUUUCAUUAAGAAGGUGGAUUGGGUAUAGUACUAAGCGAAUGUAAUGUAAUACAUUUUUUACGUAUAAUCGAACACGAGUGAAUAUUUAUCACAGAAAAUCAAGGCUGUGAAGCUAUAACGUCUCUCCACACAGAAUCUUGCCACUUGUGAUCGUGAUUUUACGACCGGGUUUUUGACUUUUCUCGUAUAUUUUAUUACUAUCGAAGUGUCUAAUACUCUCGAAACUCAUCAAAUACUUAUGGUUGAAUUUUUAAACAUAGCCACAAUUUUACAUUACAAAGUAUACAUUUUGUAGUCGAAAUAAAAAUGUGCAUUUUUACGUAUAUUCGUAACGUAUAAUUAUUAAGCUUUCACAUGCUAUUCUAGUAAGUGUUUUUUUUUGUUGUUGUUUGUCGUUUGGCAACUUAUAACACUUAUUAACGAGAGAUCUGAAUCUGUAUAGAAUAUAAGUUCCUGUUGUAUGUUUUUUUUUUUCAUUCUUUGUUCUCAGUUUUCUCAAAAUUACGUAUCGCGCUUGUGUUGCCAUAUGAGUAUUUUUUUUCCUUCUCUUUUUUAACAUAUGUAGUAACACAUUCAUUAAAUAGUUACGUAAUAUG